AAAGGAGGGAGCGAGUGAUCGAGAGGAUAAAGCAAUUGGGGGUUGGGCAGCCAUGGUCGAUCGAGGAGGUGCGUUUCAUGGAAUCGUACGAUUUCAGGCUUGACGGGGACGCCUGCUGCACCGGUACGAUUUCAAGAGAACUUGGUUGGGCUUGCCAAGAGCCAGGUUGGGGGUUGAAUCUGGAUGCAUGAGUCGAGGAGGCAAGAGGAAGCAUCUUCUGUUGUUAAUUAGAUUUGUGCAAAUAGAUUCGAUUGGAUUUUUUAUCUCGGAUAUGUGCAAAUAGAGCCGCCGAGAUAUCAGAAUCAGAGGAGUAGGAGUGUUUCAAGCCCCGUUGCCAUCCUCUCACGCAAAGGAUUUCUAAUUAACAACAAAUCUCUGUCAAGUUAAAAUCAGUACACUCCGCCAGGUGAUAUGGAAGGUGAUGACUUCCUCAAGCUGGCACGCGAAAAGCUGGUGUCCGCCGUCGCGGGAGAUGCUGCGGCCACCAUGCUUUCGGAAUUGACGAGCGAGCUGCAGAAAAUGAGUCGUAUCUUGGAGGGGUCGCUGGAGGCCGUCGAUAGACGGCUGCUCCAGACCACCAGCCAAGAGAUCUGUGACAUUGUCGACGAGCUCCAGGCCAACAAGGGGCCACCGAUCUCAGAGACGACCAUGAUUAACAUAGCCAACAGGAUGGAGAAUAUGAGAGACAUGCUUGAGAAAAUAGAUUGGCAAUUUUAUGGAUCCCUUUCAGAUAACAAGGGCGGUGCACCACGAUACAAAUCAGAACUUGAACACCGAUUAAAAAGGACUGGUAGAAUAUCCGUAUCAGAACUUCCACGCGGAUUAAAAAAGAUUGGUAGAAUAUCCGUGGACCUACGGAGGAUAAUUGAUUUGCUGUUUCUGUCGAGUGCGAGCAACACCAGACAACAAGAGUACCCCGUCAUUCUCCCCAUCUUUGGUCCUGCAGGCAGUGGCAAGACAACGCUGGCGAAACUAGUAUUCAGUCAUACUAGAUUCGAAGAUUACGACAAGCGCUGGGUCGAUAUUACCAAUAAUGGAUUAUCCCUUGACCAGCUACCUCGUGGUGGUAAUAAGGCGGCGCUCGUCGUUUUAGAUGACCUAUGGGACGGGGACGGCUCUGGGCUCUUGGACGUGAAGCGCGUCCUGGUCAGUGCUCUUGGCAAGAAUGGGAUUGUGAUUGUAACCACACGCAGCCUAGGCGUAGCAAUGAAAAUUUGUACCAUGAAACCAUACGAGCUACGCGCAGCAGCGGGAGAUACAGAUUCAACACUUGACAGCGUGGGUGAAUUCUUGAAGGAAUCUUACGAGCAGAUGCCAUCGAAUUUGAGGCUAUGCUUUUCUUACUGUGGCAUAGUUCCAGUGGGGCACAGUAUAGUCAAGGAUGACAUUAUCCACCAGUGGAUUGCGCUUGAUCUUAUCGAGCAAUCUGACAGCAGCUUCUCCGCCAGACAGCAGCUUGGUGAGGAGUACAUCAGGAUGCUUUUGGACAUUUCAUUCCUUCAACCUGCAGCUACAAAGUCGGCUUUGACUAGUGAAAGGGAAUAUAAGGGUGCAACCUCGUUCACGAUGCACGACUUUGUGCAUGCCCGGGCAAGAUCAGUAUCCGGUGACGACGUGAUUGUUCUGGAUGGUAGAAAUUGGAAGCCUUCUGAGAAAAAAAAUUGCAAAUACGCUCUGCUCACCAAUUUUGGCGUCAGACCUAUGAAGUUAUCGAAUAUAUUGGCUAAAAAUGUAAUGGCUCUCCUUUUGCUGGGCUGCAGCAAGUUGGUGCUCAGUGACGAUUCGUUUUCAUUUGCGGAGGGACUGCGUGUCUUGCAUAUAAGGGACCCCUCCAUGAAGAAGCUGCCUGGUUCUAUUUGUCGGUUGACGCAGUUGAGGUAUCUUAAUUUAUCCGGCUGCUCUGGACUAGUCGAGCUUCCAGAAUUAUUUGGGAUUCUAUACAGAUUAGAGUAUCUGGAUUUAUCAGGAUGCUCUGGAUUAGUCAAGCUUCCAGAAUCGUUUGGCAUGCUAGAAAAAUUGGAAUAUCUGGAUUUAUCAGGCUGCUCUUGUCUCCAAGGUAUCCAGAGUGCUCUUGGUGGACUUACCAAUCUCCAGCAUCUGAACCUGUCACACCCCUGCUGUUAUCUUUUUGAACACAGGUUCCAUCUCAAAUGUCUAGAAGACGUUUGGGGCAAGCUCACCAACCUUCGGUAUUUAAACUUAUCAAUGUGCCUCAAUCCAAUUCUUUGCUAUCUGCCAGAAAACGAGGGGAUCGAAUACAUUGGAAGGAUCAGUCGACUUAGUAGUCUGGAGCAUCUGGACCUAUCUCAAAACAUAUUUCUUUCCGAUCUACCUGAAAGUCUAGGUAACCUCUCUCAUCUACAUACACUGGACCUCUCAGGCUGCGCUAGGCUAAAGAGGGUACACAAACGGAUAAGUGAAAUGAACAAUUUGAAGGUUUUAGUUGUAAGGAACUGCCGGUUUCUGGAAAAGUACAAGCUUGUGGUCCGGGCUGAUGAUGUAGCAGAUAGCAGCAGCAACCUUUUACGGCUGGAGGAUGUAGUAAGCUGCAAAGAGCUGGGGAUAAGCUGUCUUGAGAAGGUGAAGUCCGUGGAGGAAGCAGAGAGGAUAAGAUUGAACGAGAAACAAAAGCUUGAAAAGCUGACUCUUGCUUGGACCGAGGGCUCCCAUGGAUUAUCUGUGGACGACAAUGUUUUGUUAGAGGCACUAGCGCCACCACAAAAUUUGCAGCGCUUUGGGCUACGUGGCUAUAGAGAAGAAUGCCUCCCAGCCUGGUUGACAUCGAGCAUAUGUUCUUACCUCCCUAAUCUUGUAGAGGUUACCAUGGAGGACAUUCCGAGGUGCAGCGCCCUACCACCACUCUUUUUGUUACAAAACCUGAAGGUGGUGGUUCUCAGAAGGAUGGCUAGCAUCACAAGAAUCGACGCCGGUGAAUUGAGUGGCAAAAACAAAGCAGCGGUCCCUCUACUUCUGCAGUUUAUCCUCGAUGAUUUGGCAAAUCUGCAAGUGUUCAGCACCAUAUACCGCAGUGGAGAUAAAGAGUUCUUGUUCCCCACCAUCGAUGAAUUAUUGGUGAUACAGAGUUGCCCCAACGUGAAGUUUGGACCUUGCCCACCUGAAGCCAAGAGGCUGUAUAUAUCAGCUUGCGACCAACUGAUGUCUUCAUUGCCCAAAAGAGAGAGAGGGGAAGCACAAGGUGUGGAGGCCUCUUCUAGUUCUACUUCCACUACCUCUGCCCGAGUAACUCAUCUGGUGGUCGAAAAAUGCAAGGUGCCUCUGAGUCACUGGAGUUUGCUUCAUCACCUCCCUGGCCUCCGUCGUUUAGAAAUCAGGGAUUCCAAUGAUCUGACCGGCUCACCAGAGAUUUUCCAGGUCCUAUCCUCCCUCCAGUCACUGCGUUUCUCUCGGUGCGACGGUAUAACCACCCUACCAGAAUGCUUGGGUGACCUCACCUCUCUUCGGGCACUCGAGAUUUAUCAAUGCCAUGUCAUUAAAUCUUUGCCAGAGAGCAUAGGCAAGCUUACCAACCUCAAGCUUCUGUUUAUUUCGGAGUGUCCAGAAUUGGUAAUGCACUUUGAGGUUCGGGCUGAUGAUGUAGAAGAUAGCAGCAGCAACCUUGUUCAGCUGGAGGAUGUAUUUAGCUUCAAAGAGCUGGAGAUAAGCUGUCUUGAGAAGGUGAAGUCCGUGGAGGAAGCAAAGAGGAUAAUGUUGAGCGAGAAACAAACGCUUCAAAAGCUGACUCUUGCUUGGACCGAGGGCUCCCAUGAAUCAUCUGUGAACGGCAAAGCUUUGUUAGAGGCACUAGCGCCACCACAAAGUUUGCAGCACUUUGUGCUACAUGGCUAUAGAGAAGAAUGCCUCCCAGCCUGGUUGACAUCGAGUUUGCUUCAUCGCCUCCCUGGCCUCCAGUCACUGCGUUUCUCUCGGUGCGACGGUAUAACCGCCCUGCCAGAACACUUGGGUGACGUCACCUCUCUCCGGGAACUCGAGAUCAAUUGGUGCCAUGGCAUUAAAUCUUUGCCAGAGAGCAUAGGCAAGCUCACCAACCUCAAGAAUCUGCGUAUUCUGGGGUGUCCAGAAUUGAAAAAGUGGUGUGAAUCAGAGGAGAACAAGAAGAUGCUCGCUCACAUCCGGCCAAUUUAUGAAGAAUCUGAUACUGUCGAGCCUGACACCACCGCCAAUCCUACGGCAAACAAACAACUUACGCUAAGCCAAAGCAAUGUCUCGGUUACACAUUGAAGAAACCGAUUGAGCCGAUGCAUUGUUUGCUGUUUUCGGAAACCGCACCAUCGGAGAAAAAUUCUAUACAUGCACAUUGAAGAGUCCAGGACCAGGAGAAGUUUGCAGGCAGAAGACCUCACUGUAGUCUACUGGUUGCAAUUUACAGACUUGAUCCCCAACUUAUGCUCCAGAUUUUGCCUGCACACCGGGCCACCAAAACCGUAUUUGCUACAGAUUUCCCCCCUUUUGCUUCCUGUGAUUCUUGAGAUUGACACCUUGAAUUUUAUGCUGCGUAAAGCUUGGAUUAAUUUAAAUCUUAUCAUAUUUCUCUAU